GUUAUACUUAGAGACUGAGGCGAAUAAUCGUUACCGACCGAAACGCACUAUGCAUCGAUUAUGAUACUACGGAAAGCAGUCGUGUUCAUGAUGAUGGGGAUGGUCAUUGCUGCAUAGUACAUACGUAGUCUGUUCACCUUAAAUCCUUUCCUUAACACCCGAGACACGGUCAGAAAAGUUCUAUGGACAGAUUCAGAUGCUCAUAUUUCUUGGCGGCUUGGCAGGUCUGAGGUGGCCGAGCCAAAGUGACCUAAUCGUCACCAUGGUAUCGUUGAACCUGCCCAGCCCGAGAGUGGCUCAAGACACACCCUCUGGCACGGCGAUUCUGACUUCCUUCAAUUUCAUACUGGUGAGUACUACGCUAUUAUGCAUUUUUGUGCAUCAUAUUGCUCAACGUGGUGAAAACCGAUAACAUUCGAUGCACAUGGCGCCGUCAGCAGAUAGGCCGUCAGCGCUAGCCACGGCCGGCCCACCCGGCAGUGACCCUGCAGUCUCCGGGUCCAUUGACGCAAUGUGCUACAACUUUGUCAUUGCCCUUGCCCCGAUUAUCAUAUUGUAGGAUGAAUCUACUCAUGCCUGUUUUCUACAAGUACAAUUGGAGAUACUUAAUCCAGAGGCUA